GUACGACGGCCUUCAGAUGUAUCAGCGCGAUCCGCCGGCGGAACUCCUUGUCCUCGUUCACUUCCCGUGUCCCCAAUGAGUCUCGCUUCGAUCUCCGUUUUUUAUCUCCCCUCCACCUUCCCCACCUUCUAGCAGUCUGACAUGCAUCCUCGCCUUUCCUAUUGUCUAAAGCCUCUUGUUGUCCCCCUUCUUCAUCCUCCCCAUUGGAUCCUGUGGCGCGAGGAUUUCAUCGAGCUUUCCUUGUGUUUGGUUGAGGUACGGCUGACGUGGACCGAGGACGGAGUGCACCCACCUCGCAUAGAGCGUCUGGAGUUGUUGUUUAUCCGGGCCUGGCGCACCAACGUGGAGGGAGAGCUUCUCGCAUUUUUAUUUGGAACAGUGCGGCCCGGUCAUCGGGAACUUAUCGCGCAAGAGUUCACGAUCCCUGUAGCGCAGCUGGCGGAUGAUCUCCCUCUCUACAUUAUCCCGCAAGACGACGAGCAUCCGGUUCCCCACGUGCUUUCUCGCACAUUGACACCUUACCUUCAGUGGUCGGCUUGCGUAGAGGGAGCCGCCGAACGCAUCCCGUCGUCGCAGCAACAGUAUUUGGAUCCCCGGAUGACUCUCGAUCCUGCCUUCUUCAGGUACCCUACAGCGGAGCAGUUUGCUGCCAUCCGAGAAGAAGAGGAGGAAGAAGAGAGCAUCGGGAGUGACGAAGGAGAAGACGCGCGGGAAGAAGGCGGGGAUAGCGACGAAGUGCUCGGUGAAGAGGACGAAACCCCCGAGGAAGGAAGCUAUAGCGARCAUAGCGAGGGGGAACAGAGCGAAGAAGAAGAAGACGAGGAAGGAGAAGAGGAGCACGAAGAGGAGCACGAAGAGGAGCAGGAAGAGGGGCCUGCUGGAUCAGAGUCGGAAGCUGUGUCGGAGGAAGCACUGCGUAAGGGCACGAAGGCCGAAGAUCCCGAGACGGCCCACAAAAGAGAAGAGAUCGCAGCCGGGAAGGAGGAGUUAGAACUCGCAAGUGCAGUGAGUCUGCACAUCCACGACGACCCAAACCGAGAUCUGGAGCCGCCCCGACCUGAAGAUGGCGACCUCGCGGCCACGACUCCGACCCCAUCAGCGCGGCGACGGAGCCGAUCCCCCUCCUCCCCAACCCGUCCCCCAGUUCGCCGAUAGGAAAAAGAAGCGAUGAGAUGCAGGCCACGCGAUGCACGCAUUUCUGACCCGCCACUCGACAAUCCUGUCGAGUUGGCCCUCGCUGAAGGGAAGGUGUUUACUGGUGAGAAGCGCAUCACAUACGUCCACGUUAUGGGGAAAGAAGCCACAUUUGAUGGCAUCUAUAUGGACGUAUGGGACCAUACAGCAAUGCGGAAGGAUGUCGUCGCAGCCAGUAACAUUGCAGCGCAUGUGAUUCAAAAAGGGCAGUUAUACCAGCAUGUGGCCCGUGACAUGUACGGGUACCAUGUCAACUGGGUACCUGGUUCUUUGCAUCCAGCAGUUGUUGAUGGCAAAGUGACACUGCCAGCAAGGAUGCAAUCCGGUGAGUGGCUGCCUUUGGGUUGGAUGCAUGCUGGCAUUGUGGAGCAUUGGCAGUUCUUGGUGGUGGUGACACGUGUUUCCGUUUGCAAUCCUCAUGUGAGGGACCGGCGAUUGCUGGAGGAACACGCUCAACGUUGUUGGGAGAAGAUAAGGGAGGAAGAUCGGCAGAUGGUGUGCAUGGGAUAUGACGACCACAAUGACCGGGCGAUGUGGUUCAUUGUGGAAGACGCGUGCACCGACCAACCACGGCCCUCGACGAAUAACUUGUUGCUGGAGGGCAUUCGACGCAGAUACGGGUGCACAUCACUACUUGGGUGGGUCCCUAUCGUUUGUCCCAUGACAUAUGAGCAUGGGGAACAGAUGUGCAUGAGAUUGAGAGAUCCUUUGGGUGUCCCUUUCCAGCUCACGUUCAUGGAUGGACUGCUGCGACACAUUCAGUACGCGGGUGAUGACGACGGUCGUGCUGCAAUCAACCCUCAACAAACAGCACAGCAGCAGCAGGACAUUUCACAUUUCUCCUMUGAGGUYGACGCCCCRGAAACGRCACAUGAUGGGGGAUGUUCUCACGCACAGCCCGACGACGGUGACACCCCUGUGGAGCACGUGACAGGGAGGGCAGAGAAGAAGAAGAAGCAGUGCACGUCCAGACCRCCUCGUCAUCCCAGGAGUCCCACAAAAGCAAAAGGCAAAGAAAAAGUUGUCCCACGUAGAGGCGAGACUCCCAAAGCAGCCGCUGCCCCAACUCCUAAGCGCAGGCGCCGCCCGGGGAUGGUAGCAUUGGCAGAGAUUCGGCAACUCCAACGAUCUACUAACUUGUGCAUCGCUUUGAGGCCAUUUAUGAGGGUAGUGGGCGAGAUCGUCGAAACAGAUAUCGCACCGGGGGAGUCUAUGAGGUUUCAGAUGAGCGCCAUACGUGCGUUGAUGGAAGCGACGGAAACAUAUCUCAUCAACCAUUUCGAGAGAACGAACAUCAUUGCUAUCCACUGCAAGAGGGUGACGAUCCAGCUGAAGGACCUGAGGUUGGUUGAUAACUUGUCCAAGGCUCGUUGGGAAUACAGAUACCAAGGCAUUACCGACGAGCAGAAGAGAGCAGAAAAGCUACGGAAGAUGAAUGCUGCAAGGCAAGAGGAGAAAGAUGCGCGGGCGGGGAAGGGGCUGUCAGGGAAGACAGCAGCAGCACGCAAAGGCGGUGACACUCCAGCGGCGUCAUCGAAGAGGAAAGGAGCCCCGCGUAAAGGCAAUGCAGCAAAGAAAAGCACGAGAUAAGAACACAGUGAAGACUGCACUGAGACCGCGCCACGUGACUUGCAUUGACUUGCUGUUAUCUGCAG